AUGGAUCCUAUCGCUUUACAUCAUGCAAUGCUAUUGCAACAUCAUGCCCUGAAACUACAGCAAGACUCUAUGAUCAUGCUGACGAUGUUGAAGAUGAGAAGAAAAAAAUAUACUAAAAAGAAAUAUUGGGUUGUUCCGUGGUUACGAGAACGUCAAAGAGAUCAUUAUGGCCAGUAUACCUCCCUCAUGAAAGAACUGAGGCUUGGAGAUGAAGCUUCCUAUCGGAACUAUCUGCGUAUGCCACCGGAGAUGUUCGACGAACUGUUGACCAGGGUUGGCCCCAGGAUUGAAAAGAUGGACACUAACUAUAGAAGAGCCAUAGAAACAGGGGUAAAGUUGACCGCCACCUUAAGACACCUUGCAACUGGUAUAGAUUACCCAAGCCUUUCUUAUGACUUCAGAGUAUCGCGCCAUACGAUAGCUACAUUCAUUCCACUUGUGUGUAAAGCUAUUGUGGAUGAGUACAAGAAUGAAGUUAUACCCUGUCCAACCUCAGCUGCUGAAUGGAAGGCCAUUGCUGAUGAAUUCGAGAGAAGAUGGAAUGUACCACAUGCAAUUGGGGCUCUAGAUGGUAAGCACGUGGCCAUCAGAAAACCAGCAAGUUCUGGAUCUCUGUACUAUAAUUACAAGAAGUUUUGCUCCAUCGUCCUUCUGGCUCUGGUGGAUGCGAAUGCCAAAUUCCUGUGGAUCGAUGUUGGUGGUUUGGGACAUCAAUCUGAUGCACAGAUAUUCAACGCCAGUGAGCUGCACGAAUGCAUUGUUGAUGGUUCAGUUCAUCUGCCAGCAGCUGAACCUAUGACCAAUGAUGACGUUGAUGUACCAUUCUUUAUCCUGGGUGAUGAUGCUUUUGCCUUAAAACCCUACCUUAUGAAGCCAUACACUAGGAGAGGUUUAACCAAGGAAGAAACCAUCUGUAACUACAGAAUUUCCAGAGGAAGGCGCGUGGUUGAGAAUGCGUUUGGAAUCCUGUCCUCACGUUUCAGGUGUUUGCUGACAACUCUACAACAGAAUCCAGACAACUGCAGAUUAAUUGUGGAAGCUUGUGUUUGCCUGCAUAACAUAAUGAGAAUGAGGUACCCAGCACUCCAGAAUGCAGAUAUGGACAUGGAAGAUUUAGAACACAAUAUUAUUCCUGGAGAAUGGAGAAACUCGGGAGAUCUGCAAGACUUGGCCUACCACUUGGGCCGUAAUAGGGACAACGCCGAGGGGAAGAAAGUACGGGACUACAUAAAGAACUACUUCAACAGUCCUGUUGGUUCUGUUCCAUGGCAAGAGAAAAUGGUGACCGCAAAACACAGAGUUUUCUGA